GAAAUGCUGAAACAAUCUGAGACAGCAAACCUCCAGAUCUUGUCCUUCUUAGUGCCAGAAAGAUCAGUGCAACAGGGAACCAUAUGCACUAAGGAACAACUUGGAGUUCUUCUCUGGUACUGGAAAGACAAGUCCAGGGCAGGAGGGAGGCGAUUUGGCAAGUUUUGAGAGUCUCCAGCCAGUCUCUAGAGGGGAAACUACAGCACAAUGUGGAAUUGGUGGUUUUGGUUUUGUCUGGCACUCUGCACCGCAGACCAAUUCAGGGAUGAAGCAGUGAGAAUCAUGAGUGAGGUGCCCUUAAUCGAUGGACACAAUGAUCUACCAUGGCAAAUUCUGAAAAGGUUCAAUGGCCAGCUGCAGCCCACGGAAGCCAACCUGAACUACCUGGAGGGCACACACACCAAUAUUCCGAAGCUGAAGGCUGGCUACGUGGGAGGCCAGUUCUGGUCAGCUUACGUGCCCUGCGAUACCCAGGAUAAAGAUGCAGUGAAGAGAACCCUGGAGCAGAUGGAUCUCGUUCACAGAAUGUGCCAGACAUACCCUGAGACUUUCCUGUGUGCCACCAGCAGCUCAGAUAUAAAGCAGGCAUUUCAGGAGAAGAAGGUGGCCAGCCUGAUUGGUGUGGAGGGUGGUCAUUCCAUCGACAGCAGUCUGGGUGUCCUCCGGGCACUGUACCACCUAGGCAUGCGCUAUAUGACCCUCACCCACAGCUGUAACACACCCUGGGUUGACAACUGGCUGGUAGACACAGGAGAUGACAAACCCCGGAGCAACGGCCUAUCGAAAUUUGGAGAAGAGGUGGUGAAAGAAAUGAACCGCUUGGGUGUGAUGAUCGAUCUGUCCCAUGUCUCAGUGGCCACCAUGGAGGAUGUGCUGUACCUGUCCCAAGCCCCCGUGAUUUUCAGCCACUCCUCUGCCUAUCAGCUAUGUCCACAUAAACGGAAUGUGCCAGAUCAUAUCCUCCAGUUGGUGAACAAGACCAGAAGUCUGGUGAUGGUGAAUUUCUACAGUGAGUACAUUGCCUGCCAAAAGGAAGCUACCCUGUCUCAAGUAGCAGAUCACUUGGAUUAUGUCAAGAACGUUGCUGGACCAGAAGCUGUGGGCUUCGGUGGGGAUUAUGAUGGUGUUGAAUAUCUCCCCACAGGGCUAGAGGAUGUCUCCGGUUACCCAGACCUGAUAGCUGAACUGCUCAGGAGGAACUGGACUGAAACAGAAGUGAAAAAUGCCUUGGCCAAUAACCUGCUGAGGGUCUUUGAAGAAGUGGAGCGGGUAAGCAACCACAGCGCCCUCCCUAAUGAGAACUUCAUCGAAUUUAGCGAGCUGGAAGAUAGUUGCAGGACCUCCUACGGCUAUCCGAACCACAGCCACCAACACCAGCCUGGAGCCCUAACUGCUAUCCUCACGCUUCUUCUCCUUUACCUGUGGCUGCUAUGAUCCUAUCAGGCCCAUUGCUACCCCUCAAUUCACAGGCUGUCAGCAGGAGCCAAGAUGACUGUGGGGCUGGAUAUAGCCUCAAAGGCCUCAAAGAAGGGCCAGAUCCAUCUCCAAACCAAGCUCCUCCUGAUGUCUGCUCUCUGAAAGGAGGAUGGUCCCAUUUGUGAUCUGAGCAUACACCUGCUCCUUCCUCAGAUACUUCAGAUACAGCGAAGGGAAGAAUCUAACCUAUAGACAGACAUCUGGUGAAUUUGGUCCAGGCCUAGAAACACACACACACACACACGAGAUGGACAAAAAGAAAAUUCAAUAAAAGUUGCAGUUACUGCUAUUUAAAGAGUA